CAUUGCAGUCCAGAGACGAAGUGCGAUUUGACUGUAGCCGAAAAAGCUUCAGCGGAGCAGAGAGCGAGGACGACAAGGCCGCGACGAGACGAUGAACACGGACAUCACGGCGUCGGCAAAGCCGGAGUACCCGGUGAUAGAUCGGAACCCUCCCUUCACGACGGUCGUCGGCAACUUCAGCACCCUCGACUAUUUCCGCUUCGUCACCAUCACCGGCGUCUCCGUCACCGUUGGCUACCUCUCUGGGAUAAAGCCUGGGAUCAAGGGGCCAUCAAUGGUGACUGGUGGACUAAUUGGGCUAAUGGGUGGGUUCAUGUACGCAUACCAGAACUCGGCGGGCCGGCUCAUGGGAUUCUUCCCCAAUGAGGAUGAGGUUGCUCGUUACAAGAAGUGAAUGCUAAUUCUCUUUUUCGAGGUUUGUUUUGGUUAUAAAUUGGUACCCAAAAUAUCUGCUUUAGGCACCUCAUGUUGUGCUAUUUGUGAGAAGAUGACAGAUGGGUAUGUCAAUAAAUCGAUGUUUUAGUGCUGACCUUUCCUGCAUUGAGAUUGGCAUUUACUUAAAUGAGGAGUUGCUUGAUUCAGCUUGCA